CUCUUUCUGAAAGCAGUAUAUAAAAUACAAACUUCAAAGAUUAAACAAUCAGAACUACCUACUACACCCACUCUUUCAGCAAGCAUGAUAUUAAAAACAAAUUAAUAUAGAACCAACAAAUUGAAAAGAAAUGUAUUUGUCCCCGGACAACAAUAGAAAAUUAUUGUCUUGUAGAAAACUAUGUUACAGAUAAGUUAUUCAUUAGUCAAAGUUAUUCCACGAAUCAAAGCUACUUUACUGAUAAACAAAGCACCAAAAAAAGGCACUUCACUUGAACUUGCUUGGAUUGCCAAAAGAAAUUCCUUGCAAGGACUAUCCUGAUUGAUGGAAACGUUGAAAUGAAAUGGCAGAAACUGUAGUGUCAUUUGUUUUGGAAGAACUCUGCCAAUUUGUAAAAGAAGAAAGAACUUCGGUGACAGGAGUUGAAAGAGAAUUCAUUGACAUCAAAGAUGAACUUGAGAGCAUCCAAGCCUUCCUCAAGGAUGCAGACACAAAGGCUGAUGAUGAUGGUGGAGGAGGUGGAGGAGGAGGAGGAUCGAAUGGAGUCAAAACUUGGGUGAAGCAGCUGAGAGAAGCGUCUUUUCGCAUAGAAGAUGUCAUUGAUGAGUAUAACAUGUAUGAGGCACAAAGGGUCAACCAUUCUAGAUUCAGAUCUGUACUCCAAAUGAUUCCAGGUUUGAUCAAAACCAUGAAUCCACACCACCAGAUUGCUUCUGAGAUUCAAGACAUCAUGUUAUCGCUUGGUAAAAUCAAAGAAAGAAGUACGAGGUUUGAGUUUCGGUCUGAAAGUGGAUCCGGAAGUAGCUAUAGAGGGACUAAAGCUCCUAGAAUUGGUGACCCUCGAAUGGCUCCUUAUUUCAUUGAAGAGACUCAAGUUGUAGGGUUUGAGAUCCCGCGAGAUGAAUUGGUUAGUUGCUUGGUGGGGGGAAACAAUGAGCUCAUGUUGGUUUCUGUGGUUGGCAUGGGAGGACUCGGGAAAACCACUCUCGCUAAGCAUGUUUUUGAUAACCAGCUAGUGAAAAGGAACUUUGAUUGUCGAUCUUUCAUCACAGUUUCUCAAUCAUACACUAUCAGAGAGUUGUUGACAGAUAUGGUAAAGAAAUUUUGUAAGGACAACAAUGAGCCUAUUCCAAAGGGUCUGCUAAAGAUGGAUGACGAAACAUUGAUUACUCAUGUGAGACAAUACCUUGAGUCAAAGAGGUACUUAGUGUUUUUUGAUGAUGUUUGGAAAGAAAACUUUUCUGAUGAGAUUGAACAUGCCUUAAUUAGUAAUAACAAAGGAAGUAGAAUCAUUGUGACCACUAGAAUGAUGCAUGUAGCUGAAUAUUUUAAGAAAUCAUUUCCUGUUCAUGUUCACAAGCUACAACCUUUGCCUCCAAACAAAGCAUGGGAACUAUUUUGCAACAAGGCAUUUAGAGGGCAGUGUCCAACAGAACUUGAGGAUGUAUCCAAAGAAAUUGUUCAAAAAUGUGGAGGGCUACCACUAGCAAUUGUUGCCAUCGGCGGUCUUUUGUCAACAAAAGCCAAAACCAUUUUUGAGUGGGAAAAGGUGAGUCAAAAUCUGAGAAUGGAGUUAGAUCGCAAUGUGCAUUUGACUAGUCUAGUCAAGAUUUUAUCUCUUAGUUAUGAUGACUUGCCUUACCAUUUGAAAUCAUGCAUGCUAUAUUUUGGUAUAUAUCCCGAGGACUAUGCAAUCUAUAGGAAGAGACUUGCUAGGCAAUGGAUGGCUGAAGGGUUUGUUAGGCAUGAGGAUAGAAGAACCUUGGAGGAAGUUGCUGAAGAGUACCUGACAGAGUUGAUACAAAGAAGUUUGGUUAAUGUUUUCAAAGUUGGCUUAAAUGGGAGAGUCAAAAGUUGCCAAGUUCAUGAUUUGUUGCGUGAAGUGAUCAUUAGAAAAAUAAAAGAUUUAAGUUUUUGUCAUUUGUGCCAUAAAGAUGAUGAACAAGUCACUGUUGGAAUAACUAGACGCUUAUCUAUAGCAGCUAUCUCCAACAAUGACUUGAGAAACACUAGUAGCUCAGGAAUUCGUGCUAUAUAUGUUUUCGACAAAGGUGAAUUUCCUAAACAUUUCAUACAUGGAUUAUCUGCCAAGUUCAAGCUUUUGAAAGUGCUUGAUUUUCAGAAUUCUUUGUUGAAAUCUAUUCCUGAUAACUUGGGGAAUCUUUUCCAUCUAAGGUACUUGAACUUGAGUUUUACAAAAGUUACCGCUCUUCCAAAAUCUAUCGGUAAUUUAGUCAACUUAGAAACCUUGGAUUUAAGGCAAUCUCAUGUGCGUGAGUUACCAAAAGAGAUAAACAGGCUCACCAAGCUAACGCUUCUUCCAGUUUAUUAUAGAAAAUAUGAAGGCUCUUAUUCUAUAUUGAACUUCACAACUGGUGUGCGAAUGCAAGAGGGUAUUGGGUGUAUGAUAUCUUUAGAAAAACUUUACUUUCUGGAAGCAGAUCAUGGUGGAAUAGACAUUAUCCAAGAGCUCAAAAAGUUGAAACAGUUAAGGAAGCUAGGCAUAAGACGUGUCCGGCGAGAAUAUGGAAAUGUAUUAUGUGCUACAAUACAAGAGAUGAAGCACCUUGAAUCUCUUAAUAUUACUGCUAUAACUGAGGAGGAGAUCAUUGACUUGGAUUUUGUAUCAAAUCCACCUAAUCUUAAAGUGCUUAACUUGAAAAGUAGAUUAACAAAGUUGCCUAAAUGGAUUCCAAAUCUCAAGUACCUUGUGAAGCUAAGACUUGGCUUAUCUAACUUCGAAGAUGAUCCACUAGAGUCUUUCAAGAUUUUGCCUAAUUUGUUGAGGCUGAAUUUGUGGGAUGAUGCCUUUUCUGGUGAAAGAUUGCAUUUUCAGAAAGGAGGGUUUUAUAAGCUGAUAGAGUUGGAUCUCACUAGAUUAAAUAGACUAAAAUCUAUAUCUAUAGACAAAGAAGCUUUACUUGGUCUUGAAGACUUCAGAUUUAACAACAACCCUCAAUUGAAGGCGGUACCCCAAGACCUCCAAAACUUGAAAAACCUUCAAAUCCUUGAAUUGAUUGACAUGCCAGCUGAACUAGUUGAUAGCAUUGAUCCAGAUAAAGGUGGACCAUGCCAUUGGAUUAUUAAUCAUAUUCCCCUUGUACUGAUUCGUCAGAAAGUAGGAUCGAGAUAUCAUGAUUAUGAGUUGCGCCCAAUUCCUACUCAACUCAAUAUCUAAAACAUUAAGGUUCAUAUUGUCCAUGUUGCAGCUCACAUGAAGAUGCAGUUUGUCUCUUCAUUCCUUCUUUGGUGUGCUUAAUAAAUUAUUUCCUUGAAUUGAAUCAUCUACUAUAUAAUCAAGGAAUGUGUACUCUAUUAAUUGACAAAUGCUUCUGUUUUCUUUGUCUCAUUUGAGGUGUUGUUUAUUGUUGGUUUUUGUGUGGAUGCUUUUCUAUAAAUAGUACACCGGAUAUUUAAAUUUGCUAUGAUAUUUGCAGGAUGUGUUAGAUUGAUGAGUUAGUUGCAGCAUACUUAACAACUUCUUGUGGUGUUUAUUCAAUUCUAAUUCAAGAACCUGUGUGUGUAUAUUUGUAAUAUUAAAAGAAGG